AAAAUAGGCGAACAUUAGUACACACAGACUUGUUUAUCAGGCUGACAUUGCAUAUUUGUGAACUGCAUAUAACAAUUUGAAAAGGGGUGUAAACCUUAUUUACACGUGGUGGAUUGUUCAUUUGUCACCGGUAGAAGUCAAACGUUAAAAUGUUCGCGGGAUAUAAAAUAGUAAUAUUUCUAUCGGUGUUUACAUUCGGUUGUGAAUACUCACUGGCUGAGAACCAGAAUCACGGCGGCCCUGAGCCUCAGAUUCCAGUUGUUCUUUGGCACGGAAUGGGUGAUAGCUGCUGCUUUUCUUUCAGUCUUGGGCAGAUAAAGAAGAUACUCGAAGUCCAUUUAACUGGUGUAUACGUUAAAUCCAUUCGUAUCGGGGGUUCCGAAAUCGAGGAUGUUGAAAACAGCUUCUUCAAAAAUGUAAACGACCAAGUUGCCGAAGCUUGUAAUCAGUUGGCGCAGGACACCCGUCUUCAACGCGGCUACAACGCCAUAGGAUUUUCACAAGGAGGACAGUUUCUACGAGCGGUCGCCCAGAGGUGUCCCAACCCGCCAAUGCUGAACCUCAUCUCUCUUGGGGGUCAACACCAAGGAGUCUACGGCCUUCCACAUUGCGCGUCCUUAGAGCACCGCCUCUGCGACUACUUGCGACGGAUGCUCAACUAUGCAGCCUAUCUUAAGGAGGUGCAACGCAAGCUGGUUCAGGCCCAAUACUGGCACGACCCGCUGAAGGAAGAUGAGUACAAAAAGAACAGUAUCUUCCUCGCCGACAUCAACAACGAGCUGACUUUGAAUGAGGACUACAAACAGAACCUUCAAAAACUCAAGAAGCUGGUGCUGGUAAUGUUUGAGAACGACACAAUGGUUCAACCACGGCAAUCAGAAUGGUUUGGAUUCUACAAGCCUGGCCAAUCCGUGCAACUUGAAACUCUUCAAGAGUCUGCCAUCUACACAGAGGAUCGUCUCGGUCUACGUGCCAUGGACAAAGCCGGGAAGAUUGAUUUUUUGUCCAUUGCAGUGGAUCAUCUUCAAUUCACGGAUGUUUGGUUUAUCGAGAAUAUAAUAAAUAAAUAUUUGUCCGGGAAUUCUUUCGAAUUUUAAUUAAAUCUGUUCUCUACUCACACGGCUAUGUGAACGGAUUGAUAUAUGUUUUUAUAAAAUAAUUUUAUACCAAAAAUAAGAUGAAACUCUUGAUUGUAAUACGACUAUAAAUAGAAAUAACUUGUGAAGAUCUUAAUAUACCUUAUCGAACAAAAUAAACAUACUCGUAAAGUAAUGUACACAA